UCAUUAAAAAGUACAACUUUUCUAUUAAAUAAUAGCAGAAAAUGUCGUUUAUGAACCCCGUGGACAUGGUGGAUGAGGAUGCCGCCGACCUGCAGUUCCCCAAAGACAAACUCAUAGCCGAUCAGGUCCAGCGUUCGACGGUGAAGUUUCAACGUGCCCGCCCAGAUGACCAGACCAAGUGCACCACAGUCUUCUACCAGGCAAAUGCUCUGCACAGGCAGCUGGAUCAACUGGAAGAAAGGGCGCGCGAUCAGAGUAGCAACUGCAGUGUCCCUCCUGCCGACGCCGGUGGCCCCAGCUGUGCCACGUGCCGCUGCCACCUUAGCGAGCCUUACAUAAAAUGCUCAGAGUGCCUCGACACGUUGCUGUGCCUGCAGUGCUUUUCCCGAGGCCGCGAGAUAGCCACGCAUCGCAACUGCCACGCCUACAUCAUAGUACGCGGCGACAUCCGCGUGUUUGCCAACGAGCCCGACUGGACAGCACAGGACGAGCGUAUCCUGCUGCAAACGCUGCGUACGCAGGGCUAUGGAAACUGGGAGGCGGUCUCGCAUGCUCUGGGCCAGCGUCACAGCACGGCAGAAAUUCGCCGUCACUACCACGACUGCUACUUUGGGGGGAUCUUUGAGCGUCUGCUGGGACUGCAGCACUCGCGGCAGAUCUACCUGCCAGAGCGGAUGCCGUAUGUGUUCAAGAUGCGCAGCCUGGACCCGCCGCGUCACGACGACAUCGCCUCCAUGCAGUUCAAGCUUAGUGCAGGCUAUCGCAGUGCGCGCGGCGACUUUGAUACGCCCUACGACACGUCCGCCGAGAGCCUUCUCUCCAUUAUGGUGGCGCAGGAGAGUUUCAGCAACGAGGAUCAGCAUGAGGAAAGCAGCGCAGAAAGAGAGCUGACCGAGGGGCUGCAGCUGGGACUGUGGCGUGCAUACAACAAUCGCUUGAGAGAACGGAGGCGUCGCUACAAUAUCAUGCGUCAACACGGUCUCAUCAUGCCCAAUCGCACUGUCAGCUGGAUCUCCAAAUAUGUGCACGCGUUCAGUAGCGAUGCCAGCUGCAUGCGUUUCCUGGGCUUCAUGCAGCUGUGCGAACCCAUGCAUUUCGAUAUGCUGGUGGAGUCGCUGCGGUACUUUCGCGAACUGCACAACCGUCUGUACAAACUGUACGAUCUGCGCCAGCAGGGUAUCCGCACAUUGUCCGGUGGGGCACGAUACGCACGCCUCCUCAGCCAGCGCCAGGAGUCACAGCGAGAGUACGCCAGACAAAGGCAGAUCAAUGCGCUUGACUUGCAGCAAAUAGUGCAGAACUGCAGGAACUUUGGAAACGCUGAACAGUUGUCCGCGGGUCUCGGGUCGAAGAUCUAUCAGAAUACGCGCCGGAAGGCCAGUCCUAUGGAGGUUGGAGAUCUUCCUGGCUACUCGAAGUUGGACGAUGACGAGCGCAAGCUUUGCAGUGUGGUCCGUCUGGUGCCACAGUCAUAUCUGGACUUCAAGAAUCAACUCAUCUCGGAGCAUGCGAAGCUUGGGCAUCUACGUCUGGCUGAUGCGCGGCGUCUGAUCAAAAUCGACGUGAACAAGACCCGUCAGAUCUAUGAUUUCCUGCUGGAACAUGGCCACAUCAGCAGGCCCCCGUCCUAUGGCUAGCCCUUAGUUCUUCCCCAAUGUUUCACUUAGUUUGAGAAUGCCGAAACGCUGCUAAUAUCGGAGGUGCAUAUGCUGCUCGAUCAUCGUAAGCGAC